UAUUUCAUAUACAUCUGAAGAGGGUUGCGACUUUUAUUAGAAAAUGUAUGGUAAUUUUAUUUCACAUAGACGAGACAUACAUAUACAUGUUCCUAUUUAUGUUUUUCUUUGCUUAAAACUGUUGUUGUUGUCAGACGUAUCCCAAUCUAACAGGAUAUAGUUCAAGGAAAUAGAAUAAUGCGUUUUUCACGCAUACAGUUUAAGUGCAUUUGUUUGUUUGGCCUGACAGAAGAAUGGUACAUUUCACCGGCUGUUAACAUCACAAAUAUUAAGGGAAAAUGCUGGCGAAAAACAAAAUGCUGUUAAACGUUCUGCUGCUAUUGCUGGCGAUCCAGAAUCUACACGUUAUGACACUCAAAACCCAGGGAUCUUCUGAUGAUGACAUUGGUGAACUAAUUUUUAGUUACGAAAUAAAGUAUUGCGAAUCCAGAUGUUCAGCGACAACUCGAAAUGAUGCCAUGUCCCCGUUUCCGGCAAAUGACAGCGUGUGCCCACGUUGUUUCUGUGACAAGAAGUGUGGAGACUUUGGUGACUGUUGUCCUGAUCUCAAAUUUGGCAAAGAAGAGUACAAGCUAGAGUGUGUUGAAUUAUCUCAAGGAUUUUCUGAGGCCAUGCGCAUCUAUGUGGUGACACGGUGUUCCCUUGGAGAUGAGCAAUAUUCGGAAGAACUCGCUUGGAAAUGCAACACUUCCAAAGAAAACGUGCCAGUUUCCAUUCGAAGAGAAAACUCGACUUCCUUAACUUUUAGAAAUAAAUAUUGUGCGCAAUGUCAUGGUUUUGAACAUUUUCAAACAUGGGACAUAGGUAUUGCGUGUGACCAAUUUCCAGAAGAAAUCAGCAAUAUCUCCGAGCCAGCGAAUAUAUAUGAGUGGUUACAAACAUCGGAUGUGUGUAAAAUUGAAUAUCUCGUACCUACGAACAUUUCCACUCGAAUGUGUUCUGAAAUCUCUGAGUGUAAUGUCACAGGGCAUUGGGGGUUAAAAAAUGAUUCAAUUGAGGCUGCAUGUCUUGCCUACAGUCAUGUCACUAGCUGGGGUUAUCAGAAUAUAUUCUGCCACAUUUGCAAUGAAGGUUACAUUACGGAACCGUGCUGUUUGCAACCCGGUAUUCGCACGAUGAGGGUCAAGUCGUUGACUGGAUUGUUGCAGUUUGAGGAGGAACACCUGGAUUUGCCACCUGUUGAGAAUAAAUGCCUUGGAGGAGAAUACCACGACAGGCUCACGGACCGAUGCCAUAAAAUACUUUGCCCUCCGUUUCAACACCUGAAGAAUAGAGAAUGCAAAGACAUUUUCGCGCCCUUUGUAAGAAUGUCGGAGUAUUUUAUUGAUAUUUUUCUAGUCCCUAUUGUAACAAAGACCUUUAAAACAGCCAAUUUGACUCAGAUUACCCGUGUAUUGGCAGAUUACUACAUCUCAAAAAUUCUCGGAAAUGAUACAGCAACGGAGAAGGUGGUUGUCACCGUUAAUAUCAAGAACUCUUCAGAUGCUGAUCCAGUAUUGAACAAGGGCGAUAAUUACAACGAAAUUAAUGCUUCCGAUAUUUCCAGCAUAGAUGUCAGGUUAUAUUUUGCUGUUAAUUUUACCACUGCAGAUUCCUUUGCAGUUUUUGCCGAACGCUUAUCAAACCUUCUUUUUGGAGAUGCAUCUCAUUCCGACGAGGCAAUGAACAUUUCUUUGCGUGCUCUCUACAAAGACAUGCUGCCAGAUUUGCAGCGCAGUACUAAUUAUACUUCGGUAUAUGAGCCUGAUGAGAUCGAUGAAGAUACUUUUAGAGCCUUUCCAAGAAGGUACAUCACACGUAAAUGCCCCCACGUGUUGUACCCUCAAUCUGACUACACACUGGACAGUACAAAUGCAUUGCUGAGGAAUAGCAGUUCGCCUAUUCCAGAAGUCAAUUUUACUCUUACUGAAGAUUUAGGUAUUUUGGUAUGCCUAUCAACGCUUGAAGAUUUACAGUUCGAGGUACGCAAUGACAGUGAAGGUAUUGCGAAUGCUGACUUAGAACAAAGCUACGAUAUUCUUACCAUUCUUACAACAGUUUGUUUGUCUGUGAGUAUGUUCUUCCUGGCAGUGUCAUUUUUGGUGUAUAUAACGCUGGCUCCGUUACGUACUCUGCCAGGGUGCCUCUUGAUGAGUUUGAUGGUUUCUCUUUUCUUUGCACAAGGUUUAUUUCUAUUUGGGGCAGGUGCUCACGAUAAUACCGUAGUAUGUCAAAUAAUGGGUGUAUUGAUACAUUAUUUCUGGAUGGCCAGCUUUGCAUGGAUGGGGGUCAACACCUUUCACGUUUUCCGAGUAUUUCGAAACAUUUUGUCUUCGGUUAACCUAUCCGGCAAUAAAAGGAAGAUCUUUUUCAAGUACGUUGCCUUUGCUCACUUGACACCAGCUGUUAUUGUUGCCGUAACCAUUCUGACGAAUUAUUUCAUGUCUGGUAAAUCAACAAUAGGAUACAGUGAUAGCGGAGAAAUCUGUUUCCUCAAUCCUGGCAUUGUUUCCUUGGUAGCGUUCGGCGCCCCAAUUUUUACCACUGUCGUCUUUACCAUCGUGUUCUUUGUGUCCUCUAUGACAGCUUUUAGACGAUUGUCAAAAGAUCGGGUACAGGCAGGGAAAAAAGAGCAAGGAACCCUUCUUCAUAUGUUAAAAUUAGCCUCCAUAAGUGGUAUGUCGUGGUUAUUUAGCCUUUUUGAAUACCUAUUUAAAAUCAAAGCAUUCAGUUAUGUUUUCGUGAUCCUUGCUGGUGGGCAAGGUCUGUUAAUAUUCUUGAGUUUUGUAUUCAAACUGCGUGUGUUAAAGCUGUGUAUGAAAGGUGGAACGAGAUCUGUUUCCAGCAGCAGUAAACGUGUAACCUCAAGGGUAACAUCAAGUUCAAAUGUUUCCUCCGGCACGAGUCCCCGUGCUUAAUCCAGGUAAACCCUUGUUCAAUUUCUCAACCGUGAAGAUACGGGUUCGUAUUAAUCUUCAGUAACCCAUGCUUGUCGUUUGAGGCGACUAAUGGGAU